AUAUAACGAUUGUAGAAGCAAACCACUCGUAGUUAGUGGAUAUGGAGGAGCAGGGUCAAAACAUUUCUGCAAUUUCUGCUGCUGCUGCGGAAGAAGGAGCUCCGUCUGUGAAGGAGGAGAAAGAGGAGUUUGAUGAGCAUGAUUACAGAGAUGAGGCCGAGGAGGAAGACGAGGAGACCCUUCCUCACUCUGAAAUCCUGGAUAUCUUUGAGGAAGGGCUCGCUCAAAUUGUGCAGGACCCUUUACUCUGUGACCUACCAAUUCAAGUGACUUUGGAAGAGGUCAAUUCUCAAAUAGCUCUGGAGUAUGGACAGGCGAUGACAGUCAGGGUGGUGAAGGGGGACAAUGAAGUGAUGCCCAUAGUGGUGGUGCAAAAUGCAUCUGUCCUUGACCUGAAGAAGGCCAUUAGUAGAUUUAUUGAACUGAAACAGCAACGUGAAGGAGGAGUGAGGCCCAUCAGCUGGAAAUAUGUGUGGAGAACGUACAUUCUUGCAUUUCAAGGAGAAAGGCUUGAAGAUGACAAGACUAGGCUGAAAGACUACGGAAUAAGGAACAGAGACGAAGUGACUUUCAUGAAGAGGCUGAGGAAAAAGUGACGACAACGACGAUUCCAGUCGCCCUCGUUCUGUUGCUCCGACUUUUUCCAACUUAUAUGAAUAAUUUUAUAAGUGAAUAAUUUCACCUACAAAAUUGCUCUAUGGUCAUAAUACAAGCGAUAUAAUGUGUACAUAUUGGCAGGAUGUCUGUGUAGUACAUGUGAUUAACUGCAGGUAGAGGGUUUUAUUUAUUUUUUUUUUACAAAUUCAAAAUAAAUGUCUGGUGACAUG